ACGUAUAAAAGUUACCGCAUAGACUAGACUUACACGAGCGAUAAGUUUCUCACGUAGGCCAAGCCAAAUCCAUCACAAACACGGAGAAAAUAAACAACAUAUACGAAGUAAAUAAGUAGUCCUAGAUCUAGAUGUAACGGGUCUUGGUGAAAAUGCCUCCUUCAAGUGAGAGAAGAAUUAAAUCUUUGAAAACUUGGGAAACAACACAAGUAAAAUUUAUUAAUAAAUCACCAAGAAGAGUUAGAGUGAUCUGGUUAAACUUUGAAGGGAAACCGGAAUGGAGAAGAUAUAAUCCUAAAGAUGGGCUCAAGCUAAAUAAAAGUACUGCAAUUCAGACGUAUCUUAUGCACCCCUGGAUCUUCAAGGAUCAUCUGACUGGAGAUAAGAUAUAUUAUAAAGAAAAUGAAACAGAAACCAGAGAGGUGUACUAUCCCAAGUUAUUACCUGAUGGACUAUCGGUGCUGGAAGUUGAGUUAGUUCUACCGGUUUACAGCUUAAAACAAAGAUGUCUCCAAGUAAUGAGAAGGCUGGUGAAACAGCAACAUGUAUGCAAACUAGACAUUCCACACACAUUGAAGAAUGAAAUUUUGAAACCAGACUUCGGCAUAAGUGAUCAAGAAAUAAGUUUGUACAUGAAUAAAAUUAAUAGCCCAGAAGUAAUAGAUAGGUCAUAAGUAUCUAUAUCAUAGAACAUACAGUAAUUGUAAAAUACUACAGCAGUUUUUUUUUUUAUUUAACUGGCACCAGGGCUAAGGGUUUGCCAAACAGCAAAGUAAAUCACUUUUCUAAGAGGCAAACACACACACAAGAUGCUCCUUGUAGACUUAAGUCUUAUUUUGAGGCUUACGGAAUUGAGUUGUUUUUGGUUGUGAGAAAAAUAUACCAUGACAGGAACUGUACACAGGAUUGUGGGAUUGAAAGGCUAGCAUCUUAACUACCAAUCCCAACUACUGUACUAUUAAAAGAUAAUUUUCUGACUAGAACUUUUGUUUUUUCUUGUUCCUAUCACAGAAUUAUCUUUAAAUUGUUCUCCUUCUCUCUUGGCCCAUUUGGCUUCUUAAGUCAUUAUUUUGCUGUACACAAAUCCUUAUAAAAUAUAUUUUUUUUAUGACAAAAAAAAGUUGAUAUGCCUUGCAUUAGUUAUUAAAUUUUGUUUAGACAAGACUCUUUAUAUAUCUUGUUUUGAGAUUAUCAGUUGAAUUACUGAACUGAACAUCAUAUCAAUGAAAAUAAAUAAGGCAAAAAAUAAUAUAAAUUUUUAUUUAUUGUCUACCCUCUGAACAUCUUUGAAAAAUAAAGUUCACUAACAAGGCAUAUUUUCUCCUUACAGUCAGUUAGUGGUCCGUACUGAAUAACCAUUGCUUGCCAGUUGUUUUCCACCGAUGUACAGUACUGUAGUUGUAGUGAAUCAUAAGUUGAAGUUGCAACUACAGUACUUACUGUACUGUAGAACUACAGUACUGUAAAUUUAGCUUACUUGGAACUACACCUACCUGUAGUUUGUUUUAGAGAGAAUUACACAGACUAAAGUUAUACAGUAAAACUUGCUUAAGUCAACUUUGCCUAAGUCGAUCUUAUUUCACAUGCCAAAUUCUUGUGUUUUCCAUUAAUUUACGAUCUGUAAUUUUUGUUUUGUGUAAGUCGAACAAUUUUUUAAUGCCAUUUUGGAUUCAACUUUAGGCAAGUUGAAUUGUGCUUCAGCCACAUAUAGUACAAUUUAAUAGGCAAUGAUUGUGCCAUAAUAGUUUUCAAAUACUUCACUUUUAAUAAGUUAACAACAUACUGUAGUUUAUAGUCUUCCAUAAUGUAUAACUUGUUCAUGUAAUCCCUUUUAAAAAAAUAGUUUUAUAGUAACCCUUAGAAAUAUCACAUUGACUUAUGAAGAUUAUGUUAUUGAGAUAGUUUAUCAGUGUUGAAACUUAAAAAUGAUUCAUUUAGACCUUAUUUGAUUAUCUGAGCGGUAAGGCGCCACUAACCACAUUGUUAACAUCGGCGCUGUUUCAAGAUUUCAAGAUUCUUUUUACUCAGUGUUCAGUUCGUAAAACCAAGUUUUUUUCGGAUAAGAAACCUGUAUCUAGUGUACACCUAGUUUGUGUGUACAUUUGAAAGAAUCCAUUGCAACUUUGAUGCAAUGGUUAAUUUUUCAGCACCUGUCAUUGUGGAAUGAGUUUGAGGCUACUACAGUAAAGUGUUUCUCUGCUGCUGCUACAGUAGUCACGAACCACGCCUUCAGCACGAUGAUGCUGAGAGUUACCAUUCAUAGUGUUAACAUACCAAAUUCUUAUACAGUUCAAUUUUGCCUUAUGAUCUUACUUUAUAGUUUAUAUGCUAAAUUGUUGUGCUUUCAACGAUGUGCAAAUCAAAUUUUAUCAAAGUCAAACAAUUUUUCAAUGCCAUUUUGGAUUCAACAGGCAAGUUCAAGUGUAUUCACAAAUAAAUUGUAACUUUUCCUGCACACCCAACUUACUUUCAAUUGAGCUGAGGCCUGGUUCAAUACAUUUUUAGUAUUACUGACUACACAAUAAAAUAAUAGAUAAAAAAAAAGUAUUUCUUUCAUAUGGAGAAACACCUCAGUUGAUAAUAUAAGAUAAAUUUGAAAACAACAUAUUUUUUUCUUAUAUUAUUGGAAUGAUUCUUGUUGCUUUGUAGGCUAUUUCAUUAUUGUUGCUAUCAUAUAUCAUGAUAGUUUGUAUUAUGUAUCAUAUACGUAGAUUCCAGGCAUCUUAUUGGUUAAAAUUGGUUAAAAAGUGGCCAAUAACUUCAGCCAUCACACCUAUAGGUUGAAUUAUAGUUCAUAAAUUCCCAGAGAUAAAAUUAUUAUCACGUUAAAUGAUAGUAUUUUUUUUGCCCUAUCGCGAUGUACAGUAAUCUCUAGGCACCACUUAUAACACUGUGUAAUUUAUAAAAUGUGAGAAUGGCUUUGGUUUGACCAUACCACAGAUCAGAUAGCAUGGUUGAGCGAGUAAGCCUAUGCCUAUUUGGUGGGUACUCUUUUCAUUACUUUCUAGGCUGGUAGAAUCUAUGUAUGAGGUAUAUAAUACAAAUACUGACUGCUCUAGGUUCGGGGAACGGUGAAAUCGGUAAUUGUAAUUUGUAAUUGUAAAUAAUCGUAAUGUAAUUGUAAUUUGAAAAAUGUAAUUGUAAUCAUGGCAAUUAUAUUUCACAUUUCAAAAUCUCAAGGUGAUACUCACUGGUUGACAGAAAACUCAUCUACUGUACUUUAUUGCCUAUACAGAAAUAACUGUUGGUGUCAACAUUUUAUCCAACUGUAAGAUAUUUUCUAAUGUUUGUUAUGUCACUUAAUCAUAAACAAGAGAGUUGUGAAUUUGCUAUAAAUAGGAGUUUUAUACCUCCAUGCUUAUAUAAUAAGUUUCCCACUGAAUAUGAAGCUGAGAAUAUCCAUGAUUAAACAUUAGAGCACCUCUGUGAUGUGGAGAAUGUAGAAGAUAGUAGGUUAGGGUCUCGCAUCACCUUGGGGCAAUAAAUUUCACCAUUCCCCUCAUGAGCAGUAAAUAUCUGUACAGUAUACUGUUACCAUUUUACUACCUUGUUAAUAUUGUAUAUAUUUAGAAAAAAUAUUGCAUGUACAGUAUUAUUAUUUUACAUAUAAAUGAGAACUGACUGUGAAGCAGUUUUAUUCAGUGAAUGUGUAAUAAUACCCUGAAUAUGAAAAAAAAAA